GCCGCGCGCCAGUUGCGUCUGCACAAACGACCGCCGUACUUGUCGGUCGACUGUCGUGCGUCGUGUCGCUACCGCUAUUCUCUCCCGGUUUCGCUAUUAUUAUUAUUAUUAUGGUAUUGUUGGUCGUGUGUGAGUGAGCGUACCGUCGAGCCGGAGCGCGCGCGCCACGAGUGAGAGUGCGAGCGAGACCGACCGAGUGCGUGUGACGUCGGUGUGAGCGCGAGCGUCGUCGUUGCGAGUGCGCGCGCCGUAUAGAACGCGGUCGUAUGAAAAUGGCGUCAUCGUCGCGCGACACCGAGCCCGGGAAAACGAUGUCGUCGCACCGCCACAAAUAUUCGUCGAGAAUUAGAACACGCAAAGAAAAGAAGACAUAUUCAGAAGAUUGGGCAUAUGGUGAUGAAGAAGAAAUUGAAGGUGUACGUUCUUUUAGUUUACAAGAAAAGCUUGACUCUACGCGUUAUUUAAAUCACAACUUCGUUAAACAAAUGGAUGGAAAAGAUUUUACAAUUUCGUAUCUUCAAAAACAUGGUUUUGUAAUACCAUUAUUAUUUAAAGAUAAGACUGGUCUUGGAUUACAUGUCCCUAGCCCUAAUUUUUCUGUAAAUGAUGUUCGCACAUGUGUUGGUUCAAGAAGAAUGUUAGACGUGAUGGAUGUUAACACACAAAAGAAUUUUGAAAUGACUAUGAAAGAAUGGACUAAGUACUAUGAAGAACCGGUGAAGGAUAAGCUUUUAAAUGUAAUUUCCCUAGAAUUUAGUCACACUAAGUUGGAAAACUACAUAAAGCGUCCCAACAUAGUCCGUGAAUUAGAUUGGGUUGAUUGUGUGUGGCCUAAACAUUUGAAAGAAAGUCAAACGGAAUCAACAAAUGUCAUAGAUGAUAUGAUGUAUCCAAAGGUGCAAAAGUAUUGUUUGAUGUCUGUUAAGGGCUGUUAUACUGAUUUUCAUAUUGAUUUUGGCGGCACAUCUGUUUGGUAUCAUAUCCUUAAAGGAAGCAAGGUUUUUUGGUUAAUACCGCCAACUGAACAAAACAUGAAACUGUAUGAACAAUGGAUACUGUCUGGCAAGCAAGGUGAUAUAUUUUUUGGAGAUACAGUUGAACAAUGUGGACGUGUAUCAUUGAAUGCUGGAGAUACAUUCUUUAUACCUACUGGUUGGAUACAUGCUGUUUAUACUCCCAAAGACUCAUUGGUAUUUGGAGGGAACUUUUUACAUUCUUUUGGUAUUGAGAAACAGCUUCGUGUUGCAGAAGUGGAAGAAUCCACUAAAGUUCCUCAAAAGUUUAGGUAUCCGUUUUUUACUGAAAUGUUGUGGUAUGUUUUGGAGCGUUAUGUUUAUUGUGAUUUGGGUAAGUCUCAUCUUACCGAAGGUGCUGAAAGUUCACCUGCACCAGUUGAGCAUAUACAUUUUACUAAACAGGAACUUCAUGGUAUUAAAGCAAUAGUAAGGUAUCUGCAUGUUUUGCCACCAAAUAAAAAAAAUGUUCCUCCUCUGAUCAAGGAUGCUAUUGAGUUAAUAAGAAAUGUGGCCAUUGUGAUAAAUAAACAUAAGAAUGACAAACCUGAAGAUGCUAUAAGUGGAAAACCAAUUCUUAAAAUUCAAGGAGAUAAGGAAAGAGAAAGAAGGUUUUAUAAGACAGCUGGUGAUAUGAAUGCUAAAGUAAAGACUUCAAGAAAAACUGCUUCUGGCUCAGGUCCUAGGAGAAGACGUACAAGAUGUAAAAAAUGUGAAGCUUGUAAACAAGCUGAUUGUGGAGAAUGUUCAUUCUGUAGAGACAUGGUUAAAUUUGGAGGACCUGGUCGUGCUAAGCAGACCUGUGUUAUGCGUCAAUGUUUGCAACCUAUGUUACCAAUAACCGCAGCUUGUGGAAUUUGUUCAUUAGACGGCUGGGGUCAACAAAUCAUUAUUCCUAUUCAGAAAACCGCUAAAGAUACUCCUAGCCAACUUAUGGAAUGUAGCGUAUGCUUUGAAAUUGUUCAUCCAGACUGCUUAUUAAAACAACCUAUAUUUACUAAUAUUGGUACUUAUAAUGAAGAUUUACCUAAUAGCUGGGAGUGUCCCAAGUGUUGUAAGGAAGGCAAAAAUUUAGAAAGCAAGCCCCGCCACUUUCGUGCUAGACAAAAAUCAUCAGAUAUCCGUAGAACUUCUGUCAGUAGUAAUGAUACUAAUCCACAAAAACGUUAUAAAGAUGAUGAAGAAUACAGUGAUACAAAUUCUGAAAGUGAUCUAGAGAAUGUUUCUAAUAAAAGACUGAAAAUUGAGAAAAAAGAAAACUUAUCUACAGAACGAUCACCACCUUUGCCUUCAACGAGAUGGAUGGAAGAACAUUCUAUGAAAAUGUUAAAUCGUUCUGUCAAAGUCGAGGAGGCGCAUAUGUCAACGUACAACAACACCACCAUCAACACCACCACAACCACCACCACCACCACUACUACUAGUACAACAACCAACAUAACCACUACCUCAUCCGCGCCCGUCGCCACCGUCGUCGUCACACCGUCAAUCGCGGAACCGCCGCCACCUCCACCACCACAGGCGUCGCGCAAGAUCGAUUUACGUAAACAGCUGGCCAGCCAACUGUCUGGCGGUUCGGGUAAACACUGCAACAUGCUUAAGAAACAGUCUUACGUGUCGAAACCGACCAAAGGCGGCGGGCACAAGUCUCAGUCGACCGGACAAAAGUCCCAAUCGGGUGGACCGAAGUCGCAGUCGGGCGGACAGUCUCAAAGCGGCGGGAGCGUUAACGGUUAUCAGCAGCACAACAAUAACCACAGUCACAGCAACAACCACCACCACCACAACGGAAACAGCAACAGCAAUUACUGCGCGAGCCCGGCGUGCAUGCUUCCGGUGUUUGAAUACCUGACGCCCGCCGAGUUGGCCAAGUGCGCGCUGGUGUGCCGCGCUUGGUCCGCGAUGUCGGUGGACCCGUCGCUGUGGCGCAAGUUAGACGUGACCGGCAAGCGGCUGACCGCGUCGUGCCUGGCGGGCGUGGUGAAGCGACAGCCCGAGGUGCUGCUGAUGGACUGGACGGCGAUCGCCAAGCGGCAACUGGAGUGGAUGAUUGCCAAGUUGACCCGGCUCAAGGUGCUGUCGCUGCAGGGCUGUUCGUGGAGCGGCGUGACGGCGCUGCGCAGCAGCAGCGUGGUGCCGCCGUCGCUGACCGCACUGGACCUCAGCUACGUGACCGGCAUGACGGACGCGUCGCUCCGGGACGUGCUGUCCCCGCCUUCCGACUCGCGGUCGUCGUCCAACGACAACACCAACCGGGCCCGGUUCCGGAACCUGCGCACACUCAAGCUGGCCGGCGUGGACAUCGGCGACGUGUCGCUCCGGUACGUGGUGCAGUACGCGCCCUGCUUGGUCGAGCUGGACCUGUCCCAGAACUUCCGGAUUACGGACGCUGGGAUCGCGCAGCUCACCACGCCCGCCGGUAACGCCGUGUCCACGCUCCAGGUGCUCGACCUGUCCGGUUGCGUGUCCGUCACGGACGCGUCGCUCGACCACCUGCUCAAGUGCACCGCUCUGCGCCGGUUGGACAUGAAGCAGACGCCCAAGGUCACCACGGCGGCUAUCAACCGGUUCCUCAUAGCCAACGACCGGUUCUCGGCCACCGAAACCCGGUUGUUGAUCAAGUGCCCCGAAUCGCCGACGCCGUUACCGCCGUCGUCACCGACCGGAAGACGCGAUUCGACGGGCAGCAGUAGUUAAGAGGAGAGCGCCGAGCGGACAGUGGGCGCCGUCGACGUGUUUUGAGAUAUAUUAGUGCGGACGUCGUGCGUCAACCUAGUCGACGACGACGACGGACGUGCGAACACGUGUUCCAAUAUAGUAGUAAAAUAAUGUAUAAUUGUAUAUUUUUUAUAGCAAGUUUUUUUCCAAAUAUUUUAAACGUGUCAGUUUUUCGUUUUUAUUUUUUUUCAAUAUUCUAUUUACGCUAAAAAGGGUCGUUUCCUUUGAUUUUUCAUAUAAUAUAUAUAUAUAUAUAUUUAUGGUUUAUUAAUUAUUUGUUUUCGGUAUAAUGCCCGAUAGUAUUAUUUGGGUUGUACAUCACGUCUGGGGAGGUAUUUCGGUCUCGGGAAUCAGCCAGGCACGGUGUUUCCAGAAUUUUUUUUUACUUUGCGUACGUAUAACACUUAUAUAAUAUACGACGGUCGUUUAUUUGACGAAAGACAAUCUCUUCACGAGUUCACACUCACAUAACUUACAAUAUUCUAUUUCCGACUAAUCUUAGACCAUUUCUACGUUCAUCAAAACGUUAUCACAAUUUUACUAUAUUAUUAUUUAUAAAUUAUAUAAAAUAAAAAAAAAAAAAAGACUGAAGUUUUGUUUGUAUUACCGUUAGUUUUAUAAGUAUUGUAUUAUAUUUUGCAAUCAAACGCGUAUUGUUACUGGUGUUGUAGACACUAGUUGACCGUCAGACGAUUUGCAAGUUGAUUUUAAAAUAAACGAAAUUUAUCAAUACUCAACACUUAAAUCAGCCGUGAUGUUUGUUUUUUUUGUAUUUAAAUUAUAAAUAUUUUUGACUGUAUUUAUUAUUUUUCUUUUUUUGUAUUGUAUUUUGAAUAAAUUAUCUAUGUACGAAAUUCA